AUGGCUUCUACCUCCGCUAUGUCAUUGGUUACGCCACUUAACCAGGCCCGCUCUUCGUCCUUCUUCAAGCCAUUGCCUCUGAAACCAUCCAAGGCCGUGGCCGCGCCUGGAGGCAGGUCACAGAGGCUCCAAGUUAGGGCUUCUAAGCUCAAGCUUGACAAGGCUCUGACCGGACUCUCGGCGGCUGCUCUCACCGCUUCCAUGGUCAUCCCUGAGAUAGCUGAAGCCGCCGGUCCUGGAAUCUCUCCUUCCCUCAACAACUUCUUGCUCAGCAUUGCUUCUGGUGGCGUCGUUCUCACCGUCAUCAUCGGUGCUGUCGUCGGCGUCUCCAACUUUGACCCUGUCAAGAGAACCUAA